AUGGACCUUGGAGGGAUGUUCGCACGUCGUAGGAUUCGGGGCGUGACAUCGAGCCUCGCGGAUCUUGACUUGUACAAUCUGUCUCCAAACAUUUCCUUGGCAUUCAACAUAUCCCCCGGUUGGAUUCCUCCCUUCAAGCUCAGGUACCUGAAAACCAGGUCUUGCCAAUUGGGUCCCGAGUUUCCUACUUGGCUCAGGAACCAAAAUGACCUCAAGACCGUGGUGUUGAACAAUGCUAAAAUUUCUGGAACCAUACCCGAUUGGUUCUUCCAGCUGAAUCUGCAAUUAGAUGAGCUAGACGUCGGGGAUAAUCGACUCACCGGGGAGCCACCCACCUCACUGAUGUUUGUAGAUGACCAGUCCAAUGUCGACUUGAGUUCGAACCUCUACGAAGGUCCACUUCCUAUGUGGUCUUCCAACGUGACGACACUGUAUCUCAAUGAUAAUCGCUUCUCCGGUCCCAUUCCUCCCAACAUUGGUGAACUCAUGCCUUACCUGACAGAUUUAGACCUAUCUCGGAACGACCUAAAUGGUACCAUUCCCUUGUCCAUUGGGAAUAUGACCUCUUUGACAACCUUAGUCAUCUCCAACAACUACCUAUCUGGAGAAAUACCGCGGUUCUGGAGCAACUUGUCCUUGCUGUUUAUUCUCGACAUGUCGAACAAUAGCCUUUCGGGUCCAAUACCGAGCGAGAACAAGUUCUUGGGAAACAUUCCAGCAUGGAUUGCAGAGAGCAUUCCUUCGUUGCUGAUUUUGCGCCUGCGGUCCAAUUCGUUUACUGGGGAAAUUCCUCCUCAGAUAUGCCAGCUUUCGAAUCUCCACCUAGUAGACCUCUCGCACAACAGGUUGUCAGGAUCGAUCCCGCCGUGCAUCGGAAACUUAACUGGCUUGAAAGUGGAGCUCACGGAUGCUGACACAGAGAGGUACCAGGGACGCUUGACCGUGGUGGCCAAAGGACGGUUUGUUCAAUAUGAUCAAAGCAUUCUUUACCUCGUCAACAGUUUGGAUCUCUCGGACAACCCGGGAGACGAGAAACAGCAACAAUCUCCCGACAAUGGCGGCAGAAACGGCGAGAGCGAAGAUGGAGGCGAUGAUCUCGAAUACUUCUGGCUCAUCCUGAGCAUUGGGCUCGGUUUCUUUGUCGGGUUCUGGGGCGUCUGCGGCACUUUGAUCAUAAAGAAGUCAUGGAGAGAGGCUUAUUACGGUUACGUCGACAGAAUGAAGAACAAGCUAGCUGCACUCAUCGCAUGUCGGAUGGACUAG